AUGGAACAGGAGGGGCGCAUCGCAAAGCGCCAAAAGCUUGUCAAUGGCAGCGCAACGAGACAACAACGCGCAUCUACUGCCUCCCGAGUCUUUGUGCCCUACAGGACAGUGGGAUUAGUAUCGCCAACUGCUGUACCCUUCACCACCGUGCCAUUGGGAAAAACCACCUUCCAGAUCACCACAUCCGUCGGACGUAGUCUACAGACAUAUGACUUGAGAAGAGGAUUGAACCUCGUCUUCGUCACACGACCACAAACCCCCCAAAUCAUCACUGCAAGUGUCGCAUGGAAGGAUAAGCUUCUGGCAGCAUGGGGCACAGAUUCUGUAGACGGAUCAAGAGGAGUGUGGGUUUAUCGUCGGGGAAAGAAGGAGACAGAGCUCGAGUUCCCGUCAGACGCGAAAGAGAUUGUCAAGGCCUUCUGUGUCUUUGGAUCAUGGAUCAUUGGAGUCUGUGAGACACAAUUGAUGAUCUGGAAGAGCUCGACCCUGGAGCUUUACACCUGUCUAAGAGGCGUUUCCCCUAUACCGUUCACCAAAUGCAUCACGAGCUUGCCAACCUUCCUCAACAAAAUACUGGUCGGCCGACAAGAUGGUAGUGCAGAAGUCUGGAAUGUGUCGAGCGGCAAGCUUGUCUACACCAUCCUUCCACCGUCAACAAGCUAUGGUGCUGUCACUGCCGUAGAGCCCACGCCUGCCCUAUCCCUGGUGGCGAUUGCUUUCGAGAGUGGGCCUUUAGUUAUUCAUGACAUCAAGACAGAUCGCGCUGUCAUACAAUUGAGCACAACUACAGGCGCGCCGGUGACAUCCAUAUCAUUUCGUACCGACAGCUUGGGCGCUGGCGACGAUGGCCAGAAAGCUGGCGUGAUGGUUUCGGCUUCCAACGCUACUGGCGACAUAACUCUGUGGGAUCUGAACAAUGGCGGCCGAAGAGCAGGUGUGUUGAGAGCGGCACACGCGCAGCCUUCGGCAAAGUCGCUAGGUGGCACAAGCAAGGUUGAAUUUCUCGCUGGCCAGGCCAUUCUGGUUAGUUCUGGUCUCGACAACAGCCUAAAGACAUGGAUCUUCGACGAAUCGCCAUUCAACUCUAUCCCACGCAUUCUCCACGAGCGAAGAGGGCAUGCAGCGCCUGUCAGCAGACUUCACUUUUUACCAUCUGCGUCGGACGGCUCAGAUGACACCGGAAAAUGGUUAGUUUCAGGAAGCGAUGACCGCAGCCUGUGGGGUUGGUCAUUGCGACGGGACGGUCAGAGUACGGAAAUCAGUCAAGGUGCGAUACAAAAGAAAGCAAAAAAGCAAGGACUACUUUCUGCAGGUAAGGAGGAUUCUCUGGAACAUCUCAAAUGCCCGCCCAUAACGGCUAUUGCGUGUUGCUUGAAUCGUGAUGGCGGUAUCGGAGCUAUCCCAGGCAAGCACCCGAUCUGGCAGCCCAGUGGAAAAGGCAAGCAGGUCAGCGCCGAGACCAGCGCAAUGACAGGCUGGGAAAGUAUACUUACUGCUCACGCCAACGAUUCAAAAGCUCGGACUUGGUUUUGGGGUCGAAAGCGUGCCGGCCGUUGGGCAUUUGAGACGGGUGAUGGCGGAAAUGUCACAUCUGUAGCCAUGUCACCUUGCGGAACGUUUGGGGCUGUCGGUUCGGAGAAGGGAGGUAUCGACUUGUACAACCUGCAAUCUGGCAUUCACCGUCAAAGAUUCCCUGCCAGGCUGACGCCGAUGCAAGCGAAGCAGUUGAGGAUAGACGUGGAAAAGAAUGGGCUCGUGGAAGAGGACGACGGCAAAAAGAAAAUUUAUCGAGGUCAAGGCAAACAUGCUGCAGCCGUGGUCGGCAUUGCCAUUGACAGUCUCAACAAGACAAUUGUGUCGGCUGGCGCGGAUGGGAAGGUCAAAUUCUGGGACUUCAACACUGGAAUGCUGCAGCACGAGAUCGAUUGGGCAGGGGUUGUUCGCAUCACCUCCAUGCGCUACCAUCGCCAUUCUGAUUUGGCUGCAUUUACCUGCGAAGACGGCUGCAUUCGUGUCAUUGAUGUUUCCUCCCAGAGACUUAUCAGAGAGCUCUGGCCAGCGCGGAAAGCUGUUCCCGAGCUGAGUGAUGUUCGAUUCUCGGACUUUUGCUUUUCGAGCGACGGACGCUGGAUUGCAGCAUGCGCAGCAUCUUGUGUUCUCCUAUGGGAUCUGCCUACUGGACACCCGAUCGAUGCCUUCAAGCUGCGGGCUACGUGUACUAGCUUGGCCUUUUCGCCUACAGGCGAAUACCUCGCUACUGCGACACAGGAUAGCCUAGGAGUGGAUAUUUGGACCAAUCGUGCUUUGUUCACAUAUGUCCCAUCACGACACAUCAGCGAAAAGGAACUUGUUCGCGUACUGCAAUCAACCGAGACCCAGGCACCAACAGUUUCGGGCGAGAACAGCCAGAAUUUGCUCAUCACAGAAGCUGGAGAAGAGGAUGAGGAGGACGAUUCGGAUCUCGACUUCCAGACAGAGGAUGCCUUAGGGGACCUUGCAGAAGAUCUCCUAUCGCUUUCAUUGGUGCCUCGGUCACAGUGGCAAAAUCUGCUUCAUUUGGACCUUAUCCGACAACGGAACAAGCCCACAGAUGCACCCAAGAAACCCGAAAAGGCACCUUUCUUCCUACCUUCGCUGCAAAACGGCAAACCCAAUACAAGUGAAGGGACUGCAUCAUCAACUGCCCUCCUUGACUCUACAUCCGCUGUAAAAGCCGCCGAAGAGCUCCAAAAAGAGCAGUCUCGCAUCCUCACCCACUCCCGCCUUAAUCAAAACCAAAGUACCUUCACCACGCUUCUACUAGCUACGUCUCCGGAAUCUCACGACCACGAUAAUGAAGCCAUCGAUUCAGCGACACAAGCCUUGUUCUCCCACCUCUCUUCUCUUGCACCAUCUGCCGCCGAUGUUCAAAUCCGCUCCCUCGCAUCAACGGAACUUCUCCCUUUCAUCCUCGCACUGACAUGGCUCGCGCGUCACAGACGUGAUUUUGAGCUUGUGCAAGCUUGGAUGGCUGUGUUUUUGCGCGUUCAUGGGGACAUUCUCUUCACUGAGGACGAUGAAGAUGAGGACGAGGGGAGUGAUAAAGAAGAUAGAUCGUCGACAUCGAUCCGGAGUGCGUUGGAAGAGUGGCGAGCUGUGACCGAGGAGGCGGUUGAUGCGACGAGAAAAAAGGCGGGUUAUGUUAGAGGCUUGGUGGGUUUCUUGAGAGCUGGGAGGGUAUGA